UGUAAAUCCAACUUUGGUAUAUGAUGUAAGAAACCGAAUCGUUUUAUAUAUCCUCAGUCGAAAAUCGAUUUGUUUUGUUUGGUUAAUUUUAAAGUUGCGCAAAGUUUGUGUUUAGGCUGGCAUGACUGGCCUAUUGGGUUUCUUCUCUUUUUAAAACAUUUCAUCUCUUGCAAUCUGCCUGUAAUGUUGUGGAGAUACCUAUUUUUCGCCGUUCUCCUGAUAGCUGUUCAGUUAAUGGCAGCUGAAGGUUCAAGCAGACACGGUGUGGACAAAAAACAUGCACCAUUGAAAGACCCAUCGUCGAACGAAACGGAAGUUUUGAACCACGGAAAACCGAAAAACCUGUUUGCCAGGGGAGCGCACCAAUGUCUUCAGAGGCCCGUGGCUCUGCAGCACGCUGCGAAGAAGCCUAGAGAGCCGAAACAGCCUUCACCCCCUUCGGACCCCCCUGCCCGGCGCUGCCCCAGGCUGAUGGAGAGCUGCACGUCGCAAAAGCCCUGCUGUGACCCCUGCGCUAUCUGCCGCUGCCGCUUCUUCAACUCGGUCUGUUACUGCUGGAGACCAGGGCGCCACUGCCAGAAAAAGAGCUAGACAAACUCACACACA